UUCCGGUUAUGAAAGAAAACGAAAGUUGUUACUGUGGUUAGAUUUAGAGUUACAAUACAAUUGUUGGUGAAGUGUAAAAUGUGUGUGUGGUGAGAUGUCCAGCAGAGCACUGAGACGACGCCAGGAACAGAUUGGUAUCCUCGACCCUUUAGCAUUUCCAAACGAAGACGCGUCCGACUCUGAUGACAAAAACAAUCUUGUGCAACAUGGAGGUGGCAAACGGAAGAACAAAAAUAAACAGACAAUUGCCAACCCAUUUGAGUUGUUGACAGAAGACCUCAGUAAUGAAGAAGAUGGAGGCCUGGCUACAGAAAGUACAGACAACACUGACCAGUUGGCAGAGAAUGAAAAUGUACUUCAGGAUAAUGCCGUUCAAGAAUCCAAGAAGAAAAAGAAGAAGAAGAAAAAGCGAGGAAAGGAGAACAAGAGCAAAAGCAAGACGGAGGAGGAUGCUGAUAGCACCCAUGUAGAAGAUGAGGUAGAAGCUAGUAUCCGUGAAGUAAACAGAAUUUUAGGUGAAACAGGGCCCAGUCAAAAUUACCAUGUUACCAAUACAGAAGUUAGCUUUGAUAUGAGAGGCCUUUUACGGGUUGAAUACAGAAAUCUCAAUCCAGAUAAUGAACUGAAAAGAAUAUUUGGAUCAAGAGUUGUGAGAUCAGAAAACAUGCGACCAAGAAAUAGAAAUCGACCAUAUCAGAGACCAACAAAGCUUGUACAGUGCCGAGACAAUUGGCCGCCUAUUGGUAAAAAUGGUUUGUCCAUGUGUCUGUCAGAAUCUCGGUCCAGUAGUCAGUACUUCACAUUUGAACACAGCCACCAGUACCAGCAGAUACAGUUCAUGUUCUUUGAUGCAGUCGAGACGCUCAACCCAGAAAACAUUACAAAUCUGAUACAAGCUCAUCCGUACCACAUAGACUCCCUGAUGCAGAUGAGUGAAAUUUUCCGAAUGAGUGAAGACAUGCAAACCGCUGCUCAAUUUAUAGAAAGAGCUUUGUAUGCAUUUGAGAAUGCCUUCCAUCCUUCAUUCAGUUUGACAACCGGAACAUGUAGAUUGGACUACAGGAGACAGGAAAACAGAGCUUUUCACCUGUGUUUAUUCAAACACCUCAUGUCUGUUGGCCAGAGAGGAUGCUACAGAACUGCUCUGGAAUUCUGCAAAAUGUUACUCAGCCUCGAUCCGGACACUGACCCACUGUGCGUGUUACUCAUGAUUGACUUUUAUGCUCUCAGAGCUGAAGAGUUCCAUUUUCUUAUACGCAUGUCUAAUGAGUGGGAGGCACAUCGAAACUUAUCACAGCUGCCAAACUUUGCUUUUUCCGUUCCAUUGGCAAUGUUCCAUGAAUCACAGCAAAAUAAUACAGACUGUGGGGCUGCAGAUGAAAUGCUACAGAGAGGAUUGAUAAUGUUUCCGGGAUUCUUGAUGUCUGUCUUAGACAAAUGCAGUGUGCACCCUGAUUCUGUGGUGUCUAGUCAUGCAUUCUUCGGACCAGCAUCACAAUACAGUCAAUCUCUGGCUCUGAAACAGCUGAUAGCUCUGUACGUGGGCCGGUGUUUCCCAUGCUGGAAGGAGCCAGAGGUCAUUGUUUGGCUGGAGAGGAAUGUCAAGGUCGUUUUAGAGAGAGUCGACAAGAACGAUCCUCUAGUAGAAGACUGUAGUGAAAAACGGAAAGUUCGUUACCAAGGUACCCCGCGCAACAUUCUGCGUCACAUCAUCUUGGCUGAAGUGAAGGAUGCAACUGCUGCUCUUCCACCAGAGCUGGCGAACUCUCCAGUGUUGAGUUAUGACCCCCUUCCUCCACAAGAUGCAAUUGUUUCCUAUACCAGACCAGACAGGCCCCAAGGAAGUGGAUCACAGUCCAACCCGUUGUCACUUUUCCUGAGAUCUCUGCUUCCAAACUACAACCCUGAGGAACCUGGGGAAGAAGAGGGUGCAACAGGGGGAGACAACCCACAAAAUAAUCUGCGGCGUGGGGUGGGGGCUUUAAUGGACGCCAUGCGAGAUCUGCUCAACAACAUACAGCUUGUCCCCCCGCCGGUCGAGAACCAGCAAGGAGAGGGGGAAGAGAGGAACGAUGAGGAGUGGGAAUAACAAAUCUCUUAACAAACCUUGUAACUUGCUUCUUGGGGGAAAAUACCAACUCUUCUGUCUGGAAGAUAGCUUAUGAAUUCAACAGUUAUGCAAGGAAUGCAAUAGUUGUGUUUGCUGGUGACAUGGUCAAGAUUGGAUGCAUUUGGAAAUAUGGAAAUUUUUAAUCACUUGUUUUUUAAUAUGGUGUUUGGGGAAAAUUAAAAAUAAAUCUUCUGUCUUGGAGAUA